GAGAAAGAGGAGGAGAGAGGGGAGGAAGGGUGUGGAGGAGAAGCAGCUCUCAGGAGUAGAGGGGAGGAAAGCAGGCCUCAGCGGGAGCAGCGGGAGCAGCGGGCCCGGGACUGGGCCGCCCCCGCGAGCAAGGCGCCGCCAUUCCGCUGCUCGGGGCGCCGCCGCCGCCGCCACCGCGUCCGGGGGCCAUGCUCCCGCCGCCCCCGCGCCAGCCGCCGCCCCAGGCGCGCACGGCCCGCGGCUCCCUACGCCUGCAGCGGGCUUUCCUGCGCGGCCCGCUGGGCGUGCUGCGGCUGCUGCAGCUGCUGGCCGGAGCCGCCUUCUGGAUCACCAUCGCCACCAGCAAGUACCAGGGCCCAGUGCACUUCGCGCUCUUCGUGUCGGUGCUCUUCUGGCUGCUCACCCUGGGGCUCUACUUCAUCACGCUGCUGGGCAAGCAGGAGCUGGUGCCCGUGCUGGGCUCGCGCUGGCUCGUGGUCAACGUGGCGCACGACCUGCUGGCGGCCGCUCUCUACGGGGCCGCGACGGGCAUCAUGAUCGACCAGACGCAGCGCCACAGCUACUGCAACCUCAAAAGCUACCGGCUGCCCUGCGCCUACCAUGCCUUUCUGGCGGCCUCUGUCUGCGGCGGCCUCUGCCUCGGCCUCUACCUGCUCUCGGCACUCUACGGCUGCUGCCGUCGCUACCAGGGCAAGGAGGAGGUGGUGUGAGGCCACCCGCUCCACUGCGGCCCAGAUCGGUUCGGGGAUCCCCCCGAGCCCUUUCUGCCGCCGCCCCGUGCUGGUGCGACCCCUGCACCCUCUCCCCGCCUGCGUUUCCACUGCCCGCGCCCUGGAUCCCCGACGUUCAGUUCUAGUCUGACUGCUGUACCGCAGCUCAGCCCAGAUAUCAGCCUCCAGGGACCGGCGCAGCCAUCCAGGGACCGGCGCAGCCAUCCGAGACGCCGACACACACACCCAGUUGGGCGGCUCCAGGCAAAGCCUGGAAGUCCCUUUCCCCAUACCCUGUCGAGAGCAAGACGUGGACAGGCGCCGCCGCGUAGAUCCGGGGAGGCUCCCAAAUUGGAACCAGUCUUUGGGCUGUGCCACUGCCCCCUCCCUCCUGCCCUGUAGUCGGAAGAGCAUCCUUUCCCUGCCCCCUCUUCCAGCCUAGGGUGGUGUAGAAUGCAGUCAGGCAGCUUGCAAGUGGAGCUGGGGACAGGCCUUAGCUAGUGCUGGGAUGGAUGGUGUCUUUAGUUGUAGUUUGGAUCUCUCCCUGCGCAGCCCUACGUCAACGAAGUCUUUGGGUGGGGUCAGCUACAGGAGUGGUGGAAACAGCAAAGGCCCGCGGGCUGUACCUUACUUAAAGAGGCAAGUCUUCUCUCCGCCUUUAUCCUUGGGGUUCAUUCAGACUGGACCAAAUGUACUAACUUCCCUGGCCUCUCAGAUGUCACUCACCAGCUUCUGCGGCACCCCACCUUUAAAGUUUGCAUUGGGGAAUCCCACGUGACCAACGGAGAUUGUUAAGGUGCUGUCCACCUCUUUGGGAGCCUAGAUCCCGCUCUUGAGAACAGCUGUUUUAAGGUUAGAGCCACACUCUUUCUCUAAAGCAGUGGGUUGUCUAGGGAGCCGUUCCUGUGCUACCUCCCAAAGAAGGUUUAGAAGGCAAAUGGGUCUGUCAAUGGUGCUACCUUCCUGCACAGAUUCACAAUGUUAGCGUAAUGCGGCCUCUCUGAGAAAUCCCACAGGUAUCACGGCCACACAUGGUAAUUCAGUUUACUAACUAUUGGGCCUUAGCCAUUCCCGCCGCAAGACUGCGCCUGUGCUGUCUAGGUCAUUCCCACAGGUUGUCCCACUGAAGACUGGGAAGCUCUUUUUCUCCUGGAAUUUCUCUAACUGGGGGUCCAUCUAAUGAAAGAACGGGGCUAGAGACCCAUCCCCAGCCAGAGACCCAAGUACAGUUGAAUAUUCAUUCACAUUGUUGGAAACAUGAAGCCAAGGAUAUCCAGAUGAUCUCCCAGUCCAAAGGACAGUCGCUUGUAAGAGAUCCUGGCACCGACUCUGAGCAGCUAGCUGGUGGGGUGAGUUCUGCCACCAAACUGAGAUCUAGACCUGGGGUGGACAGCCGGUGCCACCUCUAAGGUUUCCAUGUUGCUGAGGCCUCGAAGACUCCCAGAGCAGUCAGAAUGCCACAGCCCUGCUUGAUUGGCUGAACCAGCCUGCCUGGGGCCAGCAGAAGGUCUGGGAGUCUUUGCUGCUGCAGGGCAGAUGGGAAACAAGCUGUCUCCUUUGCAACUGUCUGGUGGAAGAGCCAUGGUAGAGAAGAUUGGUUUCUUUCUUAAUGCAAGAGGAUUCCCAAGCUCCUAUGUUAUAAUUUAGGCACGAGAUCUGGUCACUUGAGACUGAACUCUGCCCGUCUCCCAUUUCCUAAACGACAGGUCUCAGUUCUAACUCCCAUUCUUCACCUGUUUGCCUUUCUUAGAUCACUGUCUAAGUUCAGGUCCAGUCCCUCAGGAUCUCCUCAGUCCCAGGGCUCUGGGUCUGAGGCCAGCCGAGCGUACUCAGGAGCACACAGCUUGGCCUUUCUGGUGCCUCAUAUACCCUAAUGUGCCUGUAGCAUUCUGGAGCUCACUAGCUCCUCUUGAUGUGCCUUCCGGUUUUGCUUCCAGCAGCUUGGUGGCCCCUCCGUUUGCCACAUGUGAGAAGCACAGUUAAGAUGACUAUGACACCCACCUUUCCUCAAAUGGCUAAGUACGAUCACCCUGAUGUGGCCCAGAGCAUUUGGAAACUGGCAGUCCUCUCCCUGGCUUACUUCUCUUGACAC